AUGCUCUGUGGUAUAUCCCGCUUGUCGCCGCGCUCCUUCAUCGCAACCGCUAUCUUCUUCACAACCGCUCUGCUCACGGCAAAUCUGGUCUCGGGAGGCCAGAACAUCCCUCCUUGUCCGCAUGGAGUUCCCUGUUACACUCCCAUGUAUCCGUCAACAGCGGAGCUCAUAUUCAUGAUCGGGACUACCACUCUCACAUUCAUCACCAACUGGUUCGUGGUGCCGCGGAUAAUGGGUAAAUCGGAGAAAUCCAGAACGCUCUUCUCCUAUCUAGCAGGGCUGCAAUUCGGCAUGGGCCUCUUCUUCACCGGAAUGGCAAACCCAUCAAAGGUUUUGCGUUUCUUCGCUUUUCCAACCGACUUAUUCCGUUUCGAUCCUUCGCUCGCGCUUGUAAUUCUCUUUGGAAUCGGACCGUCGCUCAUUACCUUUUUGACAGCGAAACCGGGACAGAAGACCGACAAACUGGAUGGCAAGCCGGAACUGCCCACAUUGGCAGACAGUUGGAGGCUCCCAACAGCCACUAUGGCGGACAUUGACUGGAGGUUUGUCGCCGGUGCAGCGGCCUUUGGGGUUGCCUGGGGGUUACGGGGAGUGUGUCCGGGUCCCGCGGUGCUUCGUGCAGCUCUGCAGCCGGCAUGGGGCCUAGUCGAAAUGACAGGGUACAUGCUAGGCAACCUGGUAUAA